ACAUGUAUACAGAUAACACAUGUAUACACUCGUGCAGAAGACACGUGAGUACAGUCACUGUGCUAACAUAAACACCCGGACGUUAUAUCAAUGUAGAUAAGCUGUAGAUGUCUCUUUUAAUUUACAUUUGAAGCUUAAACUUGACGUGUGGAUAUGAUUAACGUUGUAACCAAAUAUAUCCGCCCCAUAUUGUUCGCCCGUACCUAGCUCUGUCCACAAUGAACCCGCACAGACCGGCUAAUUAUAGCUCAGAUCUCGUGCGAUCUGAUCAAUCGAUGUGCUUUUACAGUCAGCAGCGAUCGAGUUACAUUCGACCACCACCCGUUUGUGAAUGACGGGAAUACCGGCGACAUAUUUUAAUUGUUCAUGCAACGAGUCCAGUGAAGCCGAACCAUCACAUUGGAGUUGCGUACACAUACGUAUAAACCUGCUGUAUCGCAUGACGUUUGUAGGUAUAACCUCAAGUAACCCUGCCAACAGGAAGCGGGUAGUACAGAUAUGCCUUCCUGCUGCCAGCAUGUGCGUCGGGAGUUUGAGCUGAUGAACUUGGGGUUCGGUGGCGUGCGCCCGAACGACUUCACGCGCUUCCACUUUCCAUGGCCUCCCCUACUGUACGUGGUGUACCGAGUGGCACUGGCGCUUUACGCCUUGUUCUGGCUGCUUGUAACUGGUAUGGAGUUUACGGCUAAGACGGCCCACAACGACCGGAUCCACUCAUGGCCCGUGUACUUGUCUCACUGGGCGUACCUGAUUUUGACUUUGUACCUGCUCUUGUACGCAUUGGCUGUGUCCUUCCACGUUUGUCGCCGACCAAAAUACUUUUGGAGAGUUCCGUCGAGUGAUACUAAAACGGACGUCUCGCAGGAACAUACAAAUGGAACCCUCUUAACAGAAGCAACACGUUCUUCAGAAGUUUCUCCUGAAUUGAAUAAUACGGAACAUCCUUUGGUAUCAAUCCAGCCUCCUAAAGAGAAGACAUUACAAUGGUACUUUAAGGUCACGUGGGCCCUGUAUGGCGUGGUCUCUAACGCCGCAGCCAUGGUCACGCUGGUCUUCUUUUUAUACUUGUGGCCGAAGAUGAGUUACAAUGAAGGCGUCAGCAACAUGAACCUCCAGACUCACGCCAUCAAUUUUGUCAUAGUAGGACUUGAUCAUGUGCUCGGUCCGAUUCCGGUGCGAAUGUUGCACGCUUUGUACAGUGUUAUCCUAGGUCUGAUCUACCUAUUAUUUACUCUGGUUCUCCUCUGGACUGGUGACGUCAGACCCAUUUAUCCCUUCAUCCUGGAUUGGGCAAAUGAAUGGCGAACGUCACUUGUGACGUCAGCACUAUUAGUGGUAUUAGGGAUACCUCUCAUACAUACGUUUUUCUUUGUCAUGUUUAAAAUCAAGGAAUGCAUUAGUACCAAAGUGAAACAUUGCCUCGCUGAGAGGGAACUUCUCAAACGAAUCCGCAAAGAACCCGUCACAGUGCUGUAGUGACGCUUGCCUACAAGUCUAUGCAUACUUUACAAGUUGGCUUUAACUUCAAACUUGUAUCUGAUCAUGAUCAUUUUGAAUUUCAGAACAUUAAGGUUUCAUUGCAAAUUCUCAUUGGUCAAUCUUAUUUUACUAAAGGAAUGCAAGGAAUAACGUGAGGUAAUUUAUUGCUUCAUAUCUACAGUGUAUACGUCAUAUCCGGGCAAUGUGUACAUCAUAGACAGUUCAUAAUAGGGAACGGUUAUUACAUACUCAAGAUAUAUCUAAUCUCUUGCAUUUUGGAGUUUAAACCAAGAAGACAUUUUCAAGGACAUUAGUAAAAUAGAUAUGAUACUGUACUGUGGUUUUGGCGCUGUACUAAUGUUAAAUAUGUCGUUGACCAAUGAUUGACCAAUGAUUGACACCUGCUCACUCGUUAGUUUGCUGUGUCGGGUUUUACACGUGCCUAAUGAGUGUGAAUAUGCACUCACACUUUUUUUGCUUAGAAACAAGAAACAAUUGCAUUUUUCUGGUUUUGAUAAAUUGCAGUUACUUCCCCUCGUUCACUGGUCUCAAAACUGCUGGAUAACUAUAUAACUCCCACUGUGUAAAUCUUCAUAUAUGACCUUUAAAAUAACGAGCAAGAUUAAUCUGAUCAUUUAUUUCAAAAGUGAACGCUUUUAUCUAUCAACCAUCUUGCAGUCACGAAGAACAAUCUGGGGAAAAUCAAACGAGACUCCUGGAGGCGACCAUGAAAUUAAGACAUACCAUUGUGAGACCUUCCCUUGUAAGUAACGGAACCGAAAGUCGUCCAUUAUUUCCAGUUAUCUUGACAAAUCGAGUCACUCUGUCGCUUCAAACCAAUAAAAAAUCUUCCUUUUU